AUGAAUGCCGAAUUUUUGAGCCUGAAAAGGCCCCAGGGCUUAUUUCUGGCUGCCGCUGUCUUGCGGCUUGCUCUCUUCUUCCUCUUUCCUGGUCUCCCAGAAUUGGUCGCAGGCCGAGUCGAGGUUUCGACGCCUGUCAACAGCUUCAAGAGAUUACAAGAAGGCCUAUUCCUCUAUAACCACAAUGUGUCACCUUACGACGGAGGUGUCUACCACCAAGCGCCGCUCCUCCUGCCGCUGUUCUCCCUUCUUCCGAGUUUCGCGUCCUUGCCCGUGUUCACAUACUUUCUCUACAUUGCUGUAGACCUGUGGAGCGCCGACGCGCUGAUGACAAUUGCAAACUCUGGAGAGUCUGGGUGUUCUGCAUUGUUCACCUCGCCACGGAAGGACAAGAGGUGGAGUGGAUUUAUGGUUGCAGCCCUCUUCUUGUUUAAUCCUUUCACAAUCGCGACUUGUAUAGGCAGACCCACGACCGUCUUCACGACUUGCGCCAUCCUCCAUGCCAUCUCAAACGCUAUAACAGGCGCUCCGAUCAGUGCUGUGAUCGCCAUGUCUUUCGCCUCGUACUUGUCCAUGUACCCGCUUCUGCUCUUACUGCCACUAUCUCUCUUGGCGUAUGAUCGGUGGCAGCCACAGGAGAAGAAGCAACCGUUCAAGUUCGCAGCGUCGUGUGUUGGCGUUGCGGUGGCCACCGUUGCGGUGCUAUUCCAAAUGUCCUAUUUUAUUACGGGCUCAUGGGAAUUUCUCCACUCCACCUACGGCCUCCAGCUUACCCUGACCGAUUUGACACCCAAUGUGGGGCUUUGGUGGUACUUCUUCAUCGAGAUGUUCGACUCCUUCCGGUCCUUCUUCUUGGCCGUUUUCUGGCUGCAUCUAUCAUCCUACGUUGGAGCCCUGAGCCUACGCAUUCGCAGGCAGCCGCUGCUUGUCAUCACGCUCCUUCUCGGAAUCUUUGGCAUUUUCAAGCCCUACCCAAGCAUCAGCGACACAUCGCUCUUCUUGGCCCUCGUGCCGCUCUACAGACACGUCUUCCCUCUCAUGCGAUAUUCUUUCGUCAGUGCGGCAACGAUAUUAUACUCAACCUGUCUCGGACCGGCCUUUUACUAUCUGUGGAUAUAUGCCGGCAGUGGGAAUGCAAAUUUCUUCUACGCCAUCACCUUGGUGUGGAGUCUCGGUCAGAGCCUGCUCAUCAGUGAUCUCACCUUUGCCGUGCUGCGGGAUGAGUGGGAAGUCGAGAGGCCGGAAAUGGUGGGCAAGGAGAUUAGGCAGAUAUAG